AUGAUUGAAUUUGUAGACAUCAACGGUGCUCGUCUCGCGUAUCGCAUCGCCGGGCCUGAGCAUGCUCCCUUGAUGAUUACACUCCAUGGCGGCCGAGGAAUGGGUGACCAUAGGUCUGAUUUUAAAAUUUACAGCCAACUCAGCGACAAGAUCCGGGUUCUGUCAUUUGAUUAUCGGGGACAUGGCCAGAGCUCCUUGACCAAGCCUUACACCUUUGAGCAAAUAGUUGAUGAUAUUGAGGGAGUGAGACAACAUUUCGCUGGAGAUAACCAGGUCAUCAUUUGCGGUGGCAGCUUCGGGGGUUUCCUAGCACAGCAUUACGCCAUCAAGUAUGCUCCGCGAGUUUCGCAUUUGAUUCUCAGAGGAACAGCACCGUCCCACCACCAUGAGGCUGGCGCCAUCAAAACGCUGGAGGAAAGGAUUCAUAGAGUCCCCAGUUUCUCUGUCGACAUGCUGAAGAACAAGGUCUUUGGGGCCUAUGAGAGCGAUCGAGAAUUUCAACUAAUAUACUUCGCAAUGAUGCCGCUUUACAAAGAGACGUUUGAUCCCGAUGCGGCAUUAAGGAGCAAUCUUGAUGGAGUUUAUGUUGCUGAAUCGCACAAUGAUCUAUAUUCCGAGAAUGAGAAGUAUUUUGAUUACACGGCUCAGUUGCCAGAGAUCACGGCCAAGACAUUAGUCGUUGUCGGCGACAAGGACUGGAUUUGCCCUCCCGAAAACUCAAAGUUGAUUGCUGAAAGAAUCCCGGGCGCCAAACUAUACCAAGUUGAAGGCGCUAACCAUGGCGUUCAUGCUGAGAAACCAGAGCUGGUUCUUGGCAGAAUUCGAGAACACCUGAACAUUUGA